AUGGAGGUCUCUUUAGGUGGUCCUAAGGACUUUCAAGCAAAACUGAAAAUGGCGAGAAGAGAGGGAUGCUGGAGGGACUCCUCCGAUGAUUUGUUCGGCCGAUCUGCACAAUAUCUAAUCCACAGAAACGUCUGUCUCGCAACAAAACUACUCCGUGGAAAGAACGAAACGAAAGCGUAUCACUCCGUGCGCAAUCCCAGAAUCAGAACUGGCAUGACUCCCACAUGA